GCGUCAUCUUCCCGCGCCCGUCCUUCCGGCGCUUCGGGGUCGGCUGCGUCUCCUCGGUGCCGCUAUGUCCUUGUGGGUGGCCAAGGUGGUCCCGGCUGCGGCCGCCGCCGCUCGGGGCCACCUGAGGAGUGGCAUCGUGCCGGCGGCAAGAAUUCAUAUCAGCCCUGAGCGGAAUUUGGAGUAUGGUUGGUUGGCUUAUAUGUUAGGAGAAAGAACUACAAAAAAAUUCACUGAGUACAGCAAAAUCUUCACAGUGGAGGGAAACUUAUCUUCUGGGAAGGGCAAGCUUGCAGAAAAAAUAGCAGAAAAACUAGGAAUGAAAUAUUUCCCAGAAGCAGACAUCUAUUAUCUAAACCGAAUCACAGGAGAUGGAACACUGCUGCCUGAGAAAUUCAAUGGUUUCUGUAACCUUGAGAGGUUUUACAAUGAUCCCAAAUGUGCCGAUGGACAUUCUUACCGACUGCAGUCUUGGCUGUUUGGUAACCGUGUUUUGCAGUAUGCUGAUGCUUUGGAGCAUCUGCUGUCCACAGGACAAGGUGUGGUGAUGGAACGCUCUCCCUACAGCGACUUUGUGUUUCUGGAUGCAAUGUUUAAACAAGGCUAUAUCCACAAGCGGUGCCUUGAUCACUACAAGGAGAUCAAAGAGAUCAGCAUUUGUGAAUUCCUGCCACCUCACUUGGUUAUCUAUAUAGAUAUGCCUGUCCAAGAGGUGCAGAAGAGGAUUCAAGAGAAAGGAGAGCCAUAUGAGAAAAAGGUGUCUCCUUUGUAUCUCCAGAACAUUGAGGAUGCUUACAAGAAAACCUUCUUGCCAGAGAUCAGUGAGACCACCGAAAUUCUGCAGUACACAGGAAGUGAGGCAGAGGACAUAGAGAAGGUAAUUGAAGACAUUGAGUACCUGAAGUUUGACAAGGGGCCGUGGCCGGAGCAGGAUGAUGUUGCUUUCCAUCAUUUGAGACUUUAUGUUCAGGACAAACGUAAAGUGCUGGAUCCUGUGUCCAUCCCUCGCUUCAUUCCAGAAAUCACAAUUGGAGGCACUGAACAUGACAAAAUUUACUACGAAUAUCGGUCGCUUCCUGGUCGCAAUUUUAGGCCAGGCUACAACUCUGAAGUCGGUGACAAGUGGAUCUGGCUGAAAUGAAUCUGUUCCCUUCAGAGCCCAAACCAUGAUGGACCACAGAACUUGAAUGAAGAGUUCAGUGUGCCUGCUCCACGCCAGUUGUGUAUUAUGAAGAAAAUGCUGUUAAAUCAUCUUCCAGCUACUGCAUAAGAGAAUAGACUCCUAGAAGGGAAAUCACUUUAUUCUGGUUUGUUCUUCCCUGAUGAAUUCAGGAUACUUUGUCUUGGGAUGUUGAAUAUAGUCAGUGUGUGAUAGCAAAGUGUUCUAGGGGCAGACUUAAGAUCAGUGCUGAACUUUGUCUUCAUUAAGACUGUGGCAUAUUAUUGUACAGGAUUAUUGUUGUUUUACUGAAUCAAGAGAAAUUAAACCUGUAUCCUCUUGGCUCUCCCCGAGUUAAUUUCUUGCUCUGUCAUGCAUGGUGUUUUAUUAGUUUCAUUAGAAGAGUGCACAUUCUGAGGGGGGGGGAAAUGCUGUUUGCGUUGUUCUUCUGAAAGCCUCUUGCUGAACAUCAGCAUCAAAGCAGGCAGGCAUAAAAUAGUUGAUUGAGAGAAGGAAGUAAGUGUUGAUCUCAAUUUAAACAGCAAAAACAUCUGUGCUUAGAAGUAUAAAGAAAUAUUCAAAAUAAUUGCCAGCAGUUGUACUCAUAGCUUCUUCCUUUGGCUUUGGGUGUUACAGAUCAAAAUGUUUGUUGGGUAUAAAAGACAAGCAUACUUAUUAUUUUUGCAAGUCCCUGAAAGUCCCAAGUUGGAGUUCUUUUUAAAGAAAUGAUUCAUUUGGUAUUAGUUAGUCACAGAAAUGAGGCACCUUGGCACUGGUUCAAGCAAUGCUGUUCAGAUUUAGUCUGUGGUAAUUCUGCAUUUCCAGUAAGGGGCUAAGUACUUCAAUCACUGAGCAGAAGUGCUGCCAGGCAUUCCAGCAUUCAGAGCAUUGCCUUUGAAUUAAGCAGCCAAGUCUUGCCCAAGCCCCUGCCCGUAUCAAAACUGGUAUGGAAACGCUCCUUGGGGGCCUGCUUAGAUAAAGAAAGAAAUGAGCAGUGGUAUAGAAAUGUGUCUCUUCCCACUGUUCUCUGCUCCGUUUUCAUGUUUCAUGGCUUUAUAGAGUUCCAGCUGUGGUCACAAGAGGACUGACUCUGCCUUGGUACCACUGUGCCACUCUGCUAAUGUGGCUGGUGGCAAUGCUGUGGUGCACCUGUGUGAAAAAGCAGCAGAACUGCUGUCAGUCCCGUGGGACUGUGUUUUGUUGAGCUGCUGCAAGAUCUUGGUGCAUUUUCCUCUUCCAGAGGAUGGUCAUUGAGGCACUGGACCUAUGCAUGUUGCAGCUCAGCUGUGCCCUGCAGCUCCUCGUGCCACAUCUCCUCCCCCAGGAAGGUGUAUCUUGAUACUCUCAUACCUGAGGACCUGCCAACCUGAGCCACUGUUGUCAUCUAUGCGAUGAGAUCCUGAGUGAUUACUGUUACCUGCUCUUUACCUGUCCAGAGUGCCAUCUCACAGCAGUCAGUAAUGCUUAUGGAGAUGAAAAGAACUUCUGCUGUGGCUUUUGGUUCCCUUUGGGGUAGUCCAGCUCUGUUUUUACAGGUGUUCUCCAUCUUGGUGUUGCUGCGUUCUCCAGAUGCUGUAAUUCACUUGGCACUCUGCAUGCAGCCUGAUGUUGGAUCUCCUAGGAAGGCCUCUUGUGUUGUCUGUAGUGCUGAUAAAGCUGUUGUGCUCAGCUGUGCCAUAGUAGGGCACAGUGGGGUGCAGAGCGUUGCUGAGAGCUGUUCCCUGCCUGCUCCAGGAGCACACAGAGCUGAGCUGAGCUUUGGAUGUAAAGGAGUUUAAUUCCAGUCAGGAAAAGCAGUGUUGGCUUGUAUGGCAAGCAGUGUGGUAUGACAAAAUGUGUUGAGCAUACUUUUUUUGUCCUGGUUUUAACUCUGCUUUAAAAGUAAAACUGUUUAUAAACUAAAUCUGUGAAGGAAAUAACUUUCUUUCCCUUUGCUGUAGGAAGGAGCUUUAAAUGUGUUUUUUCUCUUCACUCCUUCCCACUCCCAACACCUCAAAAAUUUUCUCAUAGCAAACCAGCUGUAAAGUUUGUGGCUUUCAGAGACUGUUUUACACCUGUUGGAUCAAUUUAUCUCCUGUUCCUUGUUAGAUUGGAAAAGAUAGAAUGACUCAGGUCCUCUCCAUGCUUCUGUGUAGGUGCUCAUGUGAUGUCAUCUGCAGUCUGUCCUCUUAUCCUGAGUUCCCAUUGCCUGUGUUAAUGCAUGGGGAAAUUUGCUUCUGGCCU